AUGCCGCGCUGCGGCACACCCGACCACAGGCCUGUGCAAAGUUCGCCGUCUUCGAGGUCACAAGGGAUGAUGGUGGCACUCUCCGGCGUCUACAAGUUUACCCUUUCGCCGCAGGCGCCACCGGCCAUCACCUCGUGCUUGGUCCUGCGGCAUCCCGUAUGCCCUUAUCUACUUGUGUCAAUCUGGGCAAUUGCCCGGUCACCGCUGCGCACCAUGCUCUUGACCGAGAAACAGGAGGUUGAAGCGGUCGAGGAGGUUAUUAGCCGUCCGCCUCCGCUCCCUCGCACGAGAAAUCGUGGCUCCCCCAGCGGAUUCGAAUUCGGGGACUAUGGUGAAAGUCAGCGAAUUCCGGGUCUGGGUGAUGCGAAGGCGCUGGAGAAGAAGCUCGUGCGCAAGCUCGACGCACGCAUGGCGAUCCUGGUGUUGAUUUAUAUUCUGAACUAUAUCGACAGAACGAAUAUCAGCUCAGCGCGUCUGCAAGGGUUCGAGCAGGACCUACAUCUUGAGGGACAGCAAUACUCUGUGGUGCUGUCAAUUUUGUUCGUUGGGUACAUUAUCAUGCAGAUUCCGUGCAAUAUGUUCAUCGAGUGGAUCGAACGGCCGUCCGUCUUCUUGUCAUUGUGUACGGUGCUGUGGGGCGUGAUCUCAGCGCUGACGGGAAUAUGCACCAACUUCGCUGGCGCCCUCGCCGUGCGCUUCUUCCUCGGCUUUGUCGAGGCUGCGUUCUACCCUGGCGCACUGUUCCUCCUCUCGCGGUGGUACACGCCCUCGGAGCUCGGCGCGCGCGUCGCCGUGCUCUGCUGCGGGAGCUAUAUUGGGAACGGGUGGGGCGCGCUCCUCGCGAGCGGUAUACUUGCGCGCAUGGGUGGGGUGCUCGGGCAUGCAGCUUGGAGGUGGCUGUUUUUCCUCGAAGGGGGCAUCACAGUUCUGUUCGCGCUCUGUGCAUGCGUGCUCCUCCCCGACUUCCCGCAUAACACGCGCUGGCUCUCCCCCGCCGAACGCGCGCUCGCCAUCGAGCGCAUGGAGCGCGCGGGGGUCUCAGAUCGCGACGACUCCAGUCCCGAUCCCUCCGAAAAACGCACCUCGACGAUCCCACAGGGGCGCCACAGCACACGCGCCAGUGAACGGGCCCGUGAAGUGCUACACGGCCUGCGUCUUGCACUGAGCGAUUGGACGGCGUGGUGGUUCGCAGUCGCUGCCUUCUUUCAGUUCCUCGCGCAGUCGUUCUUCAUCUUCUUCCCCACGCUAGCAGCCACGCUCGGAUUUGGGACGACGGCGACGCUAGCGCUAUGUGCGCCGCCGUGGAUGUUUGCGAGCGGGCUCGCGAUUGUGCUUGCGCUACACUCGGAUAGAACGAAGCGUCGUUUCGAGUACAUCGUCUUCUCGGAGCUUGCAGGAAUUGUGGGGUUCAUCAUCGCCAUGAGUACAAUGAACACUGCCGCGCGAUACAUCUCCUUGUUUCUGAUGGCGCAGGUGUACGCUGGCCUCGUCGUCUUUAACACAUGGACGUGUAAUGCAUUCCCAAGGCCACCUGCCAAACGUGCCGUCGUUCUGGCGCUCGUGAACGGUGUCUCACAGCUCGGGAACGUCGUAGGCCCGUACGUCAUUCUAUGA